GCAGAUAGAGCUCACCGCCACCCUCUUCCAUGGCUUCGCCACCACCUCCUCGCCUCCGCUUCCGCCGGUAGCCAGCCCCCUUUGCCCAUCGGAACUGGCAACCACGCAACCGUCCACGCUCUCAAUGGCAGCAACGAGGGCGGCGGCGGCCACCUUUGUCUCCCCCUCCUCCUUCGGCCGCCGGAAUAUCGCAUGUUCCUCCUGUUCCUCUCUCCACCUGCGCCUCACAAUCCUGCCUCCCCGGUUCGCUCCUCUCGUCGCGCGCCCCACGAGGUUCCCUGCGGUGGCGGUGCCGUUGAGGCGCGGCGGAUGUGUGCUUGCAGCUGCAUCGGCGGCAGGGGCAGGAAGCCCUCACUUCGGCAGUGGGGAGAAUGAUAACCCGUACGAGAUUUGGGCCAUCAGUCCGCUUGAUGGGUUCGACCAGGUGAAGAUGGCCUACAAGUGGCGUCGAAAGAACGCCGAGAACAGUGGUGAUGCUGCAUACUUGUUGAAGUUAGAGACGGCUUAUGAUACGAUCAUGAUGGAACAGGUGCAGAACCGGAAGAAAGGUGUGGCAUAUGGAUCAGUCCAGGUGUCAAAGGACAUCAAAUAUGCUGAUAAUCAACCAAUAGUUCCCUGGGGACCUAGAUACUCUAGAGCGACUGCAAAGGACCUCCAGAUAAAUAUGGCAAUAUCAGCAACAUUUAUCACGUGCAUAUUGACCAUGGGCCAUGCAGACUGGAAACGCUUGCAAUUUUUGUGUUUUGCUUAUUUCUAUCGAGUACUUGAGAAACUGAAGUCUACGGAGCCAGUAAUAACUCCUGUAUACAAUGAGUACGGUGAGGUUGAAGGCCGAGGUAUACAUAUGGCAAAGCGAGUGCUUCGUAGUUUGGGUUUGGUACUUGGAUCGAUAUUUGCUGCAUCCCUGGGUUAUACCGGACUGGCCAAUUUCUCCCAGUUUCUUGGUCACUAUAUUCCUUCUGUUGUUUAUAACUUCCAGGAGUUGAUUGUGACCACAGCUUCAUCCGUUCUGCUUUGCAUAUUGGCUACGUACUACCGAUAGCGAUUGUGCUGGACUGCCCCUUGUUUUUGCAGUCCUGAUACAUUGCCACUCAAUCAUCUUCAUCUUCAUCACGCGACCAUCUUCAUCUUCACUAAGGGGUUGUGCUCGGUACCUACAUGCAUACUCUGUCGCGGAAACCCAAAGCUGUGAGAAAUUUACUCUUAGAUCUGGAAAUUUGCACGGCAGAUAGACGUCGCUGUCCAACGGUUCUGGAGCUGAAAUCAGCAUACAAGAGAGAAACAGCUAACAGAAGAAUUUAUCAAGCGAAGCGCUGAUGAUGUAGGAAAACUAGUCCUAGCGACUCCCAGCGUAUAUUUCCACAUUUGUCACCCAGUUUCCUCGAUGCCUCAAUUCGAUCGCAAAGUUGUACAACUAAAAUUCU